GGUCAGGACCGGCAGGCAGCGCCCCGGAGCUCCUUCCCUCACGGCGGGCACAGGGCUGCGGGGCAGCGCCGCGGCAUGGAGGCUGCCGGGGCUGGAGCCGAGGCCGAAGCCGGGGCUGGAGCCGAGGCCGAAGCCGGGGCUGAGGCGCCCCAAGAGGCCGCCGCUGCCCCUCGGCGCCGGCUGCUGGCGCUGCUCGGGGCCAAGCUGUGCACAUGGCAUAUUCUGAAAACCAUCCUUCUGGGCCAGAUGCUCUCCUUGUUUAUCUGUGGGACUGCUGUUACAAGCCAGUACCUAGCGGAACAGUACCAAGUGAACACUCCCAUGUUGCAAAGUUUUAUCAACUAUUUUUUGCUUCUUCUAGUUUAUACAACAAUACUGGCAUUUAGGACUGGCGAUGACAGUCUUCUUAAAAUUUUGAAGCAGAGGUGGUGGAAGUACCUGUUUUUGGGACUGGCUGAUGUCGAAGCCAAUUACACGAUUGUGAAAGCCUACCAAUACACGACCCUCACAAGCGUGCAGCUACUGGAUUGUUUCGGGAUCCCUGUGCUGAUGGCUUUGUCCUGGUUCAUUCUCCGUGCAAGAUACCGACUGAUCCAUUUUAUCGCAGUUGCCGUCUGCUUGCUGGGUGUAGGAACAAUGGUGGGUGCAGACAUUUUGGCAGGGAGGCAAGACAGUGAAGGAAGUGACGUGGUGAUUGGAGAUGUCUUAGUUCUUCUGGGUGCUUCUUUGUAUGCCAUAUCUAAUGUGAGUGAGGAAUACAUUGUGAAAAAUCUGAGCAGAGUGGAGUUUCUAGGAAUGGUGGGCUUGUUUGGGACUAUUAUCAGCGGUCUACAGCUAGCCAUUGUGGAACAUAGGGAUAUAAUGAGAAUUCAAUGGAACUGGAAAAUAGCGUUACUGUUUGCAGUGUUUGCCCUGUGUAUGUUUGGGCUGUACAGCUUCAUGCCAGUAGUGAUUAAAGUUACGAGUGCGACCUCGGUCAACUUGGGCAUUCUGACUGCGGACCUCUACAGCCUUUUCUUUGGACUUUUCCUGUUUUACUACAAAUUUUCAGGUCUUUAUAUCCUGUCCUUCGUCAUCAUCAUGGUGGGCUUCAUCUUGUACUGCUCCACUCCGACUCAGACUGCAGAGCCCACUGCCAUGCCGCAGCCGCGCAGCACCGGCUUGGACAACGCUGGGCUGAAGCUUGAGGAAAACGACAGCCAAACGCCGGUUGUAACCGUGCAGUUCACAAGAGACGAAUCUGUGGUGGUCAGCACUGAUUAAAAAAAUGGCAGCGUUUCAACACAGAGCUUUUAUUUUACUGCCAAAGUUUUCUUCAAAUAUUAAUCUGGAGAACUGUUCUACUGCCAAGGCGCAUGUCAUGCUGCGCUGGUUUUAAUGCACCAGAUAGACUUUUUAAGGCCAGAUCUUCAAUCAGUGAAACUGUAUUGAUUUACCCUUGCAGAAAAUCUGGCCCUAUGAAGAAGACAGAGUAAUAUUUAUGUGGAGUCUCUGGGAAGUGAGAGACUGUUAUUUUUAAAUGCUUAAUUAACUUAACAGCAAAUGCUUGGGGGAAAAAGCCAAAGAAUGUUCUCAGGUUGCUAACUGGAGCAAAUAUACUUUGUAUUGCAUUAGGGACCUAAAUCUGCAAGAUGCUGUUGGGGGGCUUCAUGGUUCCCACUCCUCAGUGCCGGGUGCCCUCACAUAGCAUCUUGCAAAAGCCACUCAGCUUUUCAUGGGAUCUAGCGCUGCGAGCCGUGUUAUCUGCACACACCUUCCACGUGCUGAUGGACUUCGUUUAUCUGCUGAAGGCUUUUGCUUCUGACAUUCCAGUCAAAUGUUUGUCUCUUCAUAGUCCUGCAUUCUUUGUCGCAGCUGGGGUUGCUGCAGAGAACAAGUAUUUUAUUUUUUAAUUUUGCUUAUACAGGCAGUUUGAGCCUGUGUUUUUAUAAUCCCUUCUUUUUCUCUCAGUAGCCUGCUCUUUGGUGCGUUCCCACUAGGUGGAGGAGACAGACAGUCCUCUAUCCCGUAAGAACUGAUUUUACUUUUUUUUGUGGAUGAAACAGCAAGUGUUUGAACUGAAGUUCACUUCUCAGUGAGGUUCUCCUUGAAAUGGGACAUAUUUCUGCAGAAAGGUUUGAAUAAAAUUUGCAUUUCUAAAAAAUUUUUGAGGUCUUAGGCAAUCCUCAUUGCAACGAUAAUGACAUAAUCUCCCAAAGGUUAAGUGCUUUCAGUAGAUUCAUUUGCAGUUUUACUCCCCCUCUUCAUAUUUACAAUAAAAUGUUUAAAAUUCAUGAAACUGCAGUUUUCACAUCAGUAAAACCAUAUGGGGAUCUUUUUUGUACAAAUCUUCACAGUUCAGGCAUAUGAAGUAACAAUGAAUAAAGUUUUCAGCAGCUGAA